UGCGCGCGCCCGCGGGCUCCAGGCAACCGGGCGAGGCAGGCAGAUGGCGGCCAUGACGGAUGACCUGGACCAGCUGCUGGACGAGGUGGAGAUGCGCUUCUGCAGCAGCGGCCCGGCGGCCGGGGGCAGCCUGGAGGGAGCGGCCGGAGCCGGGGGCUCGGACAAGGAGGUGAAAACCAGAUCACCCACAGUCCCAUCAGUUGACGAUGAAGAUGAAGAUGAUGAUGAUGAUGAUGAUGAAGAGGAAGAUGAUUUAAAUGACCUUAUUAAAGAUAUUUUCCAAGAUGAUCCAACUGUAUUGGACCUUUCUAAGUCAAGUGGAAGAGCAGUAACAAAUUGUGCAGCUCAUCAGGCCAAUGGUAGAAAAUGUUCUCCAGUUUAUCUUGGUGGCAGUUCUGCACCCCACGGACUGGGAACAAAUACUUCUCACAGAACAUGUGAUCAGCUGCGAUGUACUACUUGCGACUUUCGGGUAAUUGCCAUUGAUGAUUGUGAAUGGAACAAGUCUUGCGACUACUUUUUUUUCAGAAACAGCAUGCCCGACGUAAGUAAACUGAAAGUAAAGGCACUGAGCAAGAAAGGGGCCCGAGCAUACGCCUGCCAGUGCAGCUGGAGGUCCGUCCACACUCUGACCGAUAUCAGGGAAGAACAGCAUCUUCGAUGGGUCUGUGGCAAACACUAAGGAUUGGCCUUGUCCAUUCCCCUUCAGAGAGGAUGCUUUGAGGACUGGGGGGGGUUGGUGCCAAACUGAACCGUUCAAUGCACAUUUUCAAGUGCAGGCAUUUUCAGUCCAGUGCAUUUGGACUUGCAAGACCAGAGGUUAUUGUGCGACUGUGGAAAGUAAAACGACAAAGGUGGAAGGUGAAAAUAACCCUUUAAAAAGAAAACAAGGCCUUCUAUUUUUUAAAUCCUUUCAGAUGUGACUGCUUAUCGACGAGUUGCCAUGAUGUCAGGAUUGUCAUCCUUUAACGUUUGAGGACCUCAUUGGGUUGGAUCUAUUCAUAGCGAUCGGACUCGCUGAAUAUCAUCCGGUCUGAUGGCAAACCCAGCUGUACAUUUGCAGCCAUGCAGUUCGGGAACAAUACAGGUUUCCAAGAUUAACCUUUGGAAAAAGAAGUGUCCCACAGUGGGAGAGAAAACGGUUUUAAAGAUGACCACGCAUCGGCCUGGAAGGAAUUUAUCGAGUUUAUUAAAUGAUGCAAAUUGGAAUGCCCAGUAUCAAAAUGCCUGUACACUGGAUAAAGAAAUAGUGGGUAUUCCAUUUUAUGUUUGUUAUAGUUUUUACAACAGUUUUUUUUUUUUAACAUUUUGGCACUUUUAGGUACAUUCCCUGCUAUGAAAAGUAUUUCGUUAAAUAUGUAAAUAAAGUUGAAUAUUGGCAAGCAA